UUCCUUUGUUUUGUUUCUUGUGCAAAAUGAAUAAGUUGUAAAAAAACAAAGCAGUGAUAUGACAGCUGAUGCGAUGAAUAUUUAAGAAUUUUAAAAUUAAAUGUAUUGUGCAAAAGUAUUGAUAAAAAUUUCGUGCUAAAUAUAAAUUCACAUACAAAAUUAAAUCAAAAAACAUGAAAAGUGCCAAUAAGCACACGCAAAUAUCGCUGACCUUGACGAUUGUCAGUUGCGUGCUGCUGCUACCCUUGACACCGAGCAAAGCCGGUGAAAUUGGGAUUACAAAACCAAACGUUAUACUAAUACUGAGUGAUGACCAAGAUGUUGCUUUGGAAGGCAUGACCCCACUGCGACAGGUGCAAAAGCUUGUUGGCAACGAAGGCGCUGUAUUCACUAAUGCUUAUACCAGCUCGCCACUUUGUUGCCCUUCGCGCUCCAGUCUUCUCAGCGGUAUGUAUGCACACAAUCAUGGCACUCUGAAUAACAGCAUCAGUGGUGGUUGCAAUGGUCAACAUUGGCGUACAAAAAUCGAGCCGCAUGCCUUACCUGUGCUACUGCAAACGGACGGUGACUAUGAAACCUUCUUUGCUGGGAAAUACUUGAAUGAGUAUCGAGGUGAACGCUUGCCGCCCGGCUGGACCGAAUUUUAUGGUUUGCAUGGCAACUCGCGCUAUUACAACUACACGUUGCGUGAAAAUAAACAAAAUGUUAGUUACACGAAUACUUAUUUGACGGAUUUAUUGCGCGACAAAGCGUUGGCGUUUUUGAAAACGCGUAAUCGUCAGAAACCGUUUUUCGCCAUGAUUGCACCCCCAGCUCCUCAUGCGCCCUACACUCCUGCUAAGCGACAUCGUGGGGCUUUCGCUAAUGUUAAAGCCGUGCGCACACCCAAUUUCAAUCGCGUACCACUCGCGCAAGAGAAGCAUUGGCUUGUGGCUGCAGCAAGGCCGUUACCAAGCGAUACGAUAAAAUUAGUAGAUUUCUAUUAUCAACAACGCUGGGAAGCGUUGCUCGCUGUAGACGAAAUGGUGGCGGCCAUUGUUAAUGCUUUGACGGAUCAGCGCGUAUUGGAUAACACUUAUAUCAUUUACACCUCUGACAAUGGCUAUCAUAUGGGUCAAAACGCACAGCCAUGGGACAAGCGUCAACCUUACGAAACCGACAUACUUGUGCCAUUACUAAUACGGGGACCCACAAUACCUGCGGGCGCUAUAGCGCCACAACCAACACUAUUGCUGGAUUUAAUGCCUACAAUAUUGGGGUGGACUGGUCUGCAUGCGCACACAGAGCUGGAUGGCAUACCAAGACUUGUGUCGUUGAAAAGUGUGGAUGAAGAUCGGCAGGUAAAGGAGUACCGGCGCAGCCUUUUAAUACAAUACUGGGGUGAAGGCAAUAGCGACACCUACAACGCCAACUGUCCAUGGUCACGCCAUGAUUACCUGUCUGAAUGUACGCCAGAAGCAGAUUGUCAUUGCCAAGAUGCCUGGAAUAAUACUUACGCCUGUGUAAGACAAUUUAGAAGCAUGACAAAUCGUUUGUUUUGUGAAUUUAUGGACAGGGAGAAUUUCGUUGAGGCAUAUGAUAUUAAUGAGGAUCCAUAUCAAAUAAAUAAUAUCGGUUAUGAUCUUCUACCCAUUGAACAUGCGUUCUACAGUUUGGCGUUGGCCAAUUUGACGCGUUGUGCCGGUAGCUCGUGUAAUGACAUCAACAUUUGAGUACUGCGCAGACGACAGAUAUGCUCGUAGGUGAGACGCACAAAAUGAUCUCCACAAAGCACAGUGUGAUUAAAAAAUUGCGUUUUCUUCGAAUAUAUACAGAUAUAUAGUACAUGUGUUUAGCACAUUAAAUGUUUAACUCUUACUCUGAUAUGUAGCAAAUAUAUAUGUUGAUAAUACGAAGAUUUCUAGUUAAAAAAAAAUAAUAAUAAUAAUAAAAUCUAAGCUCAAAUCAAUUUGGAAACUAUUUUUAUUGUAUUGCUGCCGAAAUCUAUUUGAAAAGAAUAAAUCCUAAUUAUAUUCGGCAUUAAAACUAUGUAAUUUUUAUUAUUUGUAAUAUUUAUGUAUGUUGGACUUCGUUUUACAUAUGAUAUCUCAACUCACUUCAUUUUGUUUAUUUAUGUAUGUAUGUAUGUUCUUAUAAACUGAAC